AUGGCGAUGGAGCUGCAAUCGUUGCCUGGAGAAGGUGGAUCAAGUAACGAAGAAGGAAAAUGGGGUGAAGAGGAAAUUGAAAUGCUAAGGCAAGCAAUCCUGAGGUUUGGCAAUGAUUUGCAGAAAAUAAGUACACAAGUUAAAACAAAAUCCGUUACCCAAAUAAGAGCAGCUCUCAAGCAGAAAGCCAUGCAACAAAAAGUUGGCCUAGGCAAAAGUGGAACAGCUGGCUUGGAACAAGGCCUGAUUCAAGAUUCCUCCCAGACUCCAAUUAAAGCUGGUUUUGAUGAUCAAGGUCGAAUUGGCUCUAAGAGACUAAGGCUGGAUGAUAGCAGCUCUGUUAUGGUUUCCAAUUCACAGGAUAAUUUAUUGCUGGGAAGCUCAACAUUUGUAAAUAAUUCAUCAAUGAUUGGAUCUGCUUUAGAUAAACUGAAAUAUGAAUCAAAAGAUUCUCAUUCAGAAAUCGAUAUUGAGGGCUAA